AAAGGAAGCCCAAAGCGGACCCCAAAGAGGAAAAUCUUCAGUCAACUAACGAUGCUUUCCUGCUAAAAAACCAUCUCACCUGUCUUCACCAAGAAGAUAACCAGAGAAAAUUAAACAUCCAAAUGUUAGACAGAACCCUUGAAGAAUGAGCUGCAUCAUCAUCAAGCCUCAUUUCUUCCAAAAUUUCCUCUUCUUCGGCUCUUUAGCCCUGUUUGUUACAAACUUUGCCGUAGCUUUUGACGUCCUAACUUCAACAGAGCCCCUGACCAAAGACCAAACGUUAGUUUCAUCCGGUGAAAAUUUUGAAUUAGGCUUCUUCAGACCUGGAGAUUCAAACAAAUGGUAUGUUGGAAUAUGGUACAAGAAGAUACUAACGAGCAAGACCAUUGUUUGGGUAGCAAACAGAGACAAUCCUCUGACAAACUCAUCUGGGCUGUUGAAGAUUGGUGAUGAUGGCAACAUCCAAAUUCUUGAUCAAGCUGCAAAUACAAUAUGGUCCUCAAAUCUAUCCAGGGUAGGCAACACUGUAGCACAGCUGCUAGACUCUGGAAAUUUCAUACUACGUUACACAGACGACGCUGAUCCUGAAAAUUAUCUCUGGCAAAGCUUUGAUCACCCCACUGAUACAUUGUUACCUGGGAUGAAGCUCGGGUGGGACGCGAAAACUGGCCUAAACAGAUACUUGACAUCAUGGAAAAAUGCCGAUAAUCCAUCUUCAGGUGACUACAGUUUUGUGCUUGAUAUUCAUGGGUUCCCCGAAUGUUUCUUGAUGAAUAAAGGCAACAAAUCGUACCGCAGCGGACCCUGGAAUGGCCUCAGAUUUAGCGGUGUCCCAGAAAUGAAGGCCAGUAGUCCUGUCAUGACCUUUUUAUUUGUGAACACUAAAGACGAGGUAUAUUACUCAUUCGAGUUGCAUAAUGCAUCAUUGUAUUCAAGAUUGGUUGUGUCUUAUAGUGGAAGUCUUCAGAGAUUUACUUGGAUAGAUGAUAGCAAAAUAUGGAACCUUUUUUGGUACGCCAGAAAAGAUCAGUGCGACGCCUACAAAGAAUGUGGAAAUUAUGGUGUAUGUGACACAAAUGCUUCGCCAGUUUGCAAUUGUAUGCAGGGAUUUGAGCCCAGAAAUCCACAGGCUUGGAAUCUGAGAGAUGGAUCCGAUGGAUGUGUCAGGAAGCAUAAAUUGGAUUGUGGGAAUGACGGGUUUUUGUCACUGCAUAACAUGAAAUUGCCGGAGAGUUCUAGCACGCUUGUGGUCUCCGGCAUGAGUUUAGCCGACUGUGAAACGAUGUGCCGGAAAAAUUGUUCUUGUACGGCUUACGCUAAUUCGAAUCUUACAGCUGGUGGUUCUGGAUGUGCUAUUUGGGCCACGGACCUUCUUGAUAUGAGGCUGUAUGCGGCGGAUGAAGGUGGCCAAGAUCUGUAUGUUCGGGUGGCAGCUUCAGAUUUAGAUCAGGCUGGUAAUGUUGGCUCUGGAAAUGACUCUGACAAGAAAACUAGGAUCAUCAUUGUGACAGCCAUAGCAGCUGGUAUUCUUCUUAUGCUCUCAGUAAUAGGUAUAAUUUUUGUUUGGAAGAGGAAAUCGCAACAUGUCCAAAAGAGCAUUAUAGAUCAUAGAGGUUCACGCGAAAGAAGUCAAGAUCUUCUGUUGAAAGCAGCAGUUAUUCCCAGUAAAAGGGAUCAUUCUGGUGAAAGCACCACUGAGGAACUUGAGCUUCCAUUAUUUGAUUUUAGCACCAUAACAUUGGCUACAGACAACUUCUCUGAAAAGAAUAAGCUAGGACAAGGUGGAUUUGGUUGUGUUUAUAAGGGUAUGUUGGUUGAAGAUCAAGAAGUAGCAGUGAAAAGGCUCUCCAAGAACUCGGGGCAAGGAAUAGAAGAAUUCAAAAACGAAGUUAGAUUGAUCGCUAGGCUUCAGCACAGAAAUUUAGUUCGCCUUUUAGGUUGUUGCAUCAACAUGGAAGAGAAGAUUCUCAUUUACGAAUAUAUGGAAAAUAAGAGCCUGGAUUCAAUCUUGUUUAAUAAAGAGAGAAGCUCGUUGCUCCAUUGGCAAAGGCGUUUCAACAUCAUUUGUGGGAUUGCUCGGGGCCUUCUUUACCUACACCAAGACUCACGGUUCAGAAUUAUUCAUAGAGACCUCAAAGCAAGCAAUAUUCUCCUUGACAAAGAAAUGAACCCCAAAAUUUCAGAUUUUGGCAUGGCAAGAAUUUUUGGAGGAGAUGAGACAGAAGCAAACACAAGAAGAGUAGUUGGAACAUACGGUUACAUGUCCCCAGAAUACGCAAUGGAUGGCGUCUUCUCUAUUAAAUCUGACGUUUUCAGUUUUGGAGUUCUUGUCUUGGAGAUAGUGAGUGGUAAGAAGAACAGAGGAUUCUAUCAUAUGAACAACCAACUCAAUCUUCUUGCACAUGCUUGGAAGCUGUGGAGGGAAGGCAGAGGAUUAGAAGUAAUGGAUUCAGCAGCAGGUGAACUGUAUUCCACUGUUGACGUAAUGAGAUGCAUACAUGCGGGUCUACUUUGCGUGCAGGAGCAUGCAGAAGAUAGACCGAACAUGGGAACUGUGGUUCUGAUGUUAAGCAGUGAAAGUGCAUCACUGCCCCAGCCUAAACACCCCGGAUUUUGCCUUGGAAGAAGGCCCCAUGAUACAACUUCAUCUUCAAGUAGACAAGAUGAAUCUUGCACUGUAAACCAACUUACGGUAACUAUCCUUGAUGGCCGGUAUGAAAGAAUGGACUUUCCUCGGCUGUUUUCCCUUUCAGUUCUUCUCAUAUUGACAUUUCUUGCUUCCUACUCCUCCAUUGCAAUAGACACCUUAACACCAAAUCAGAACCUCACCGAUGGCCAAAUCUUGCUGUCCUCCAACCAGAUUUUUCAGCUGGGAUUCUUUACUCCAGGAAAGUAUGGUAAAAGAUAUUUGGCCAUAUUGUAUCAUAACGUCCCUACCACGACAGUGGCUUGGGUAGCAAACAGAGAUAAUCCUCUCAGCGAUUCAUUAGCCCAUCUAACGAUGAGGUCUGAUGGUGCUUUAUUGCUUUACAACAGCUCCAUGGCUGUUGUAUGGUCUAUGAAUGAAACAAUGACGGGCCAGAGUCCAAUUCUGCAGCUUCUAGGUACAGGUAAUCUUGUAGUCAGAAAACAGGAUAAUACUAAUGCAAGCGAUUACAUUUGGCAGAGCUUUGAUCAUAUGUCUGAUACUAUGUUGCCUGGAAUGAAACUUGGAUUGAAGUUGAAAACUCGUACCAGCAACUACAUGAGAUCCUGGAAAAGUCCUGAUGACCCUUCUGAUGGAGAGUUUACAUUCAGCUUGGAAACGCCUGAAACACCUCAGCUUUUACUGCGUAGCGGAUCAAACAAGGAUUACAGGUGGGGGCCUUUUGAUGGUGAUAGGUUUAGUGGUGGUAACCGAUUGAGGAACAACACAGUCUUCAAGCCUAUAUUUGUUUCUACUGCUGAUGAAAUUUAUUAUACUUUUGAAGCACUGGAUAAUUCUAUUUUAAUGCGGUCCGUUGUGACACCACUUGGUGGAAUUCAGUAUCUCACAUGGCGAAAUGGUAGUAAAGACUGGAGCCUGACUGUAGAGGUAAAUAGGCUCUAUUGUGAUCGAUAUGGAAUGUGUCGAGGAAAUGGAAAUUGCUAUGCGGAUGAUCCUCCGUGCAGGUGUUUAGAAGGGUUUGCUCCGCGCUCGCCACAAGAUUGGAGAUUAUAUGAUUAUUCAGAUGGUUGCAAGAGGAAAUUUGAUCUGAAUUGUAGUAACAGAGAUGGUUUUGUGAAGUAUGAUGGACUGAAGUUGCCAGAUAACGUGGUUGUGUGGCCUAAUCUUACCCCUGAAGAAUGUGCAGCAGAGUGUCUGAGAAAAUGUGAUUGUAUGGCCUACACCCGAAUCAACCCUCUAGGUAAUGGCAGCCAGUGUGUAGUUUGGUUCGGUGACUUAAUUGACCUCAGAGAUUUCCCUGAUGGAGGCGAAGAACUGUAUAUACGCAUGGCACGUGCUGAAAUAGAUUCAAUUGCUAAAAACAAAUGGAGAAAGCAUGUCAGAUUAGUUAUUGCCAUCACGAUGUUAUCAGCCUUUGCGCUGCUUCUCUUGGCUAUCUUGGCUUGGUACAAGCUGAGACCAAAGGGGAGAAGAGAGGAGGAUACCAUAUCAAUGCCAAUAGCCCAUGAGAGCAAGUCAUUCCCCCAUUAUGAGGAAGAAAGUCAAGAGGAGGACCUUGAAUUACCUACAUUUGAUCUAGCAACGAUUUCUGCUGCUACAGAUCAGUUUGCCUUACGUAAUAAGAUUGGACAGGGUGGUUUUGGUCCUGUGUAUAAGGGCGAAUUACCUAAUCGAUUAGAAGUAGCAGUAAAGAGGCUUUCACAGAAUUCAGGUCAAGGCCUAAGAGAGUUUAAGAAUGAAGUUAUACUGAUUGCAAAGCUUCAACAUCGUAACCUUGUUAGGCUACUCGGAUGCUGCAUUCAAGGCGAUGAAAAAAUGUUGGUCUACGAGUACCUGGCAAACAAAAGCUUGGACAACUUUAUAUUUGAUCGGAUAAAAAGAAAGCUACUUCCAUGGAGUAUACGCUUCAACAUCGUUUUGGGCAUUGCAAGAGGGCUGCUUUAUCUUCACCAAGAUUCCAGAUUGAGAAUUAUCCACAGAGAUCUGAAAACUAGUAAUAUUUUACUUGAUAGAGAGAUGAACCCAAAAAUCUCAGACUUUGGCAUUGCAAGAAUUUUUGGUGGAGAAAUAACUGAAGAAAAGACUCGGAGAAUUAUUGGUACAUAUGGUUACAUGUCCCCCGAAUAUGCAAUGAGUGGUCAUUUUUCUGUAAAAUCAGAUGUAUUCAGCUUUGGAGUCAUAGUGCUGGAGAUUAUAAGUGGCAGGAAGAAUUGGGGAUUUUAUGAUCCAGACCAUGACCAUAACCUGAUAGGACAUACCUGGAAACUCUGGAAUGAAAAAAGAUCUAUUGAACUAGUUGAUGACAUAUUGGACGGAUCAUUUUCGAAGGAUGAAGUCUUAAGAUGCAUCCAAGUGGCCCUUCUAUGCGUCCAGCAACGAACUGAAGAAAGACCAACAAUGAGUACUGUGGUAUUUAUGCUAAGUAAUGAAAAUGUGGAGUUGCCACAACCCAAAGAACCCGGUUUUGUUUCAGAGAGAUCUGCCAUGCAGAUUGAUUCUUCAUCUAGCGGUCAAGAUUUUCACACAGGAAAGCAUAUAACUUUCACAACUGCAGAGGGACGAUAACACUUCAAAAACAAAAAAAUUCUCCAGUUUUGUACAGAUCUGGAUACAUGAUCACAAAUGAGGCACCUCUCCAGCAUCUUAGUUUCUAGUGUACCAUACCUCAUCCCAUUUAUUAAAGUGACUUGUAUUGUACUGGGGAAGUGAAAGUUGGAAGUUAUUCCUUAAUUCUUUGAUAUUCUCCCCCCACGCCAAUCCCCCCAACCCACAAAAAAAAAAAACCCAAAAUCCCCAACAAAAAAUAACUCUUUAAAAUCAAAAUGUGUUUAUACUAGUAUUUCUUCUGGU